CACAGGCAUGGCAACUACGCAAUCUGUCUUCACAUUUGCUCUCUGCAUUUUAAUGAUAACUGAAUUAAUACUGGCUACGGAGAGCUAUUAUGAUAUCUUAGGAGUUCCAAAAAAUGCAUCUGACCGCCAGAUCAAGAAGGCAUUUCACAAGCUGGCUAUGAAAUACCACCCAGACAAAAAUAAGAGUCCUGGUGCAGAAGCAAAAUUUAGAGAAAUUGCUGAAGCCUAUGAAACAUUGUCAGAUGAGAAUAAACGAAGAGAGUAUGAUCAGUUCGGCCGUCAUGGAAGACAGGAAAGUAAUGGAAGUCCUUUUCGCCAGUCAUUUAAUUUCAACUUCGAUGAUUUGUUCAAAGACUUUGACCUCUUUAGUCAAAACUCACGGUCAAAAAAACCCUUUGAGAGUCACUUCCGCAGUCACCGGGAAGCUCACAAUCGGCAGAGACGUUCUUUCCAGGAGUUCUCAUUUGGAGGUGGACUGUUUGAUGAUGUGUUUGAAAAUAUGGAAAAAAUGUUUUCUUUUAGUGACUUUGAAAAUGCACAUCGACACGCAGUGCGGACUGAUAACAGGUUUCAUGCAUCUAGCAAGCACUGCAGGACUGUCACCCAGCGGCGAGGAAACAUGGUCACUACUUACACGGACUGUUCAGGACAAUAAUGUUUCCUUUCUCUUUUCAUCUGUUCUUGGUUCAACAUCUUCACAGUCUUUCUUGGUUUCAUGCUAAUAUGGAGAAAUUUCCUUAAACUGUUCUAGAGAAACACUUAACAUUACUGCUAUAAAGAAAUUUCACAUAAAACAUUCUUCUAAUGGAAACAGCAUGCAGUUGGAAAAUAAUCGUCUCAAAAGCUACUUUGUAUGGGAAGGGGAGAGAAAUUCUCAUGUGACAGAA